CUUGCGUACAGAAAGACCAAUGGAAGGGCGGAAGCCUUGCAGGUGGCCCAAUGGGAAUAGAGGGCGGUGUUGUUGGGGAUACCGGCGGUUUAACUGACCGAGGGAUAGUUGGUCCAGGAAGAGGAAGAGGGAGACAGGUUCUAAGAUGGAUGAGGGUGAAGUAGCUGAAGCACGAUGUGUGUUUAGAGGUAUAGAACACAUUCUGCGUAUUCGAAACACUGAUGAUCACCUAGAAGUAGAAGUUGAAGAUGCCCUCACAACCGAUCAGUGGAGGGGCGAGUUUGAUGCGGAGUUUGUUGAAGACCUUACUCACAAGACCGGAAACUUCAAGCAGUAUGCAAUAUUUUGUAACAUGCUGCACUCUGCACUUGUUCAGACCAGUGAAUCGGUAACGCUUGACCUCCUGACCUACGCUGACUUGGAGUUACUACGCCAUAGAAAGGCUGGUGGGGCUCAGCGCCAGCCCCCCCCAUCCAAAACCUCAGCACUCAGUUCCAAGCGAUAUCUUAUACUCAUCUACUCUGUAGAGUUUGACAGAAUACAUUAUCCUCUACCUCUGCCCUAUGUUGGUAAACCGGACCCUGUCUUUUUGCGGCAAGUGAUUAGAGGGCUCAAGGAGGAGCUAGCUGCUCUCAAACUAGCACCCAGCGAAGAGAACCGAGAGACUGAAAUCCGACAUCUGCGUGAAGAGCUGCAAAGGGUGACUGAGGAGAAACAAGAGGCUGAGCUUGCUUUACAGAGACUACAAGACCUUGAAAUCCCCAAUGGAAAGGAAGUCAGCCACACGAGAAUCCUAAAGAGGGCAGUACAGACCUUGGAGUCUGAGCUACAAAAAGAGCGAAGCCGGAAUCAACGACACUCCAAUAAGAGGAGGGAGGAAUGCCGCCAGCUAACAGAGCAGCUGGAAGAAGCACGAGCAUUGGAACGGACCCUUCGUUUGAAAGUGAAGAGUCUGACCACGGAGCUAGCUAUGUACAAAAGAGGGCGUGUCACACCAACUGGCCCAUCACCACAGAGCCGUUCCAGUUCUGCUGGCAGGGGUCCUAUUCCACGCAAUAACUCUCGUGGAGAGGUUGGCAUUCGAAGAGAUAGGUCCACAUCCCGGGAACGAAGUGGACUGAGCUCUGGAGAAGGAAGAACUAGGCAGACAAGGUUAUCGCCUUCUCCAGUGGCUCUCCGCCCUCCACGGUUUGAUCCUACAGCUUACAUCCGAGACAGAGACCGUAAACAGAAGGAUGUUGACCUAAAGAAGGGUCGACGAGCAGUGGCAUCCCCAUCUAGUAUGAGAGGACAGAGACGCAGUUCGUCAGUUGAGAGUCUUCAAAGUCAUCGAUCCUAUCAAAGCUCUGGAGAUGAAAUGGAGUAUGUCAAUCCAUUACCCAGCAGUGGGGAAAGAAAACAGGCAACACGUGGCAGGAAACCCUUUGCCCCUUCAUCAUGGAAUAACAGGAAUAGUGGGAAGAGAGACCGAUCAUCUGGGAAAAAAAGGCUUUCCAGCACACCAAACUAUGACCGGAAAAUUGAGAAAGAAAACCGCUUUGACCCAGUCUCUGACCUAUCAGACAUUGAUGCCCGACUGCAGGCCCUGCAAGAUUAUAUGAAGAACCUAGAUACACGCACCUGAACUGGACUCUCAAAGACAUGUAUCUUGUAUGGCAGUGUUUUAGUCUAGGACUGUGUUGAUUUAUACUUUGACAAUCCAAAAAUUUUAAUUCUAGACCAAAUAAUCCCAAAUUGAAAAUGGAGAAAAUAAUCCCUCAGAAGAUUAUACGCUACAAGCCUUGCCAAUUCCAUGCUGUUUCUUGGUUGGAUGAUGAUAUGGAAUCUGCAGAGGUUCCCAAGAAAUCAACAAUACUGAAUCGGAGUGCAGAAGUGUGGCAAGGACCUGAAUUUAUUUUAUUUUUUAUUUUUUAUUAUUAUUAAAAACUUACCUUUUCAAGAUAUGAAAUAAUUUAACAAGAGGGUUUUACUUGGAAUGCACUAAGUCGGUGGACCAAAAAUUCAAGAUGGGUCAAUUUCCCUUUUCUCAGAAUUGGAUCUAAUUUGGCUUACUUGAACCAGAAAGCAUAAAAAUGUUUUUUCAAUGCAAAUGAAGAGUUCGGAUUUAUACCUACUACAUGAUUGAUUGUAAAUGUAUUUCAUUAAUUAUUUUUGGACUUUUCUGGAUGGGGUUUUUUUUUUUUUUUUUUUU